AUGCAGAAUUUUAAUAAUAGCCAAUUAAACAUGACGACUAGUCAGGAAAAGGAUCUGAAUCGUUCACAUGCAUCAUUGGCUCAUAUUUAUGUUAUUCGAGGACUAAUUGGUGAUCGCCUUCAAACAUUUACAACUGAUGUUGCUGAAUUUAUUCAACCAUAUCUCAACUGUUUGAAUUCAAAUGAACCAUGUGCUGAUGAAUCUCCACGUUCUACAACAUCCUAUGAAGAAGUUGUUGUACGUCGUGGAGCUGAACUGAUCGUUCGAAUUGCAUCGAGUAUUCAAUAUAUGAAGAUCUGUUUGAAAAUUAUUCGUCUUAUUGAUCAAGUUGAUUUCUAUACAAUUGAUGAAAGCUUUGUUAAUCAAGCCAGUGCUAUUAUAACUAGCAAUUUAGGACCAUCAAAACCUUUUUCAAUGGGACAUAACGCCUUACCAACAAAUUUACAGCCAAAACUGAUGAUAACCAAAGAAACGUGUGAAGAGACCGUGAAAAUUUUCUUCAAAAUUUUCAUUCCUCAACAUUUCACAAUUAUGAAUUACCGUUAUCAUAAUGAUACGAUUGAAACAUCAUCUGAACUUGGUUUACAAACUCGAAUCUUAAAAGU